AUGGCGCCAGGAAUCUUCAUCGUGCCCGGCUUAUAUGAAAUAGUCGCCACCUUUGGGCCGCUUGUCGACGAACUCAAGAAAGCCGGGUACCCCUCAAUCUACGUGGGCACCAUCAUCAGCGGUGGCACGUCUUCAAAACGGGAGCCUCGCGGGCUUACCAUUGCCGACGACAUUCAAGGUAUCCGAACCGAGCUCGAACCAUUCGUGGACAGAUGCGGAAGUGACGGCGUGAUUCUGGUCCUGCAUUCCGCUGGCGGCUUCAUCGGAGCUGGCGCCAUGAAGGGCCUGACCCAGUCAGCCUACGAAGAUGAAGCGAAGAGGGGUGGGAUUCGACAAAUCGUCGGGUUUACGGCUGCAUUCUUGCCUGUUGGAUUUGAGAAUCGGCCGUUGCCGUUUAUGAAGAUCGAUGAAGAGAAGGGAACCCAGGGUCCUGUUGAUGAUAUGGCGUUCUUCAACGACAUGUCCGCCGAGGCUGCAAAGCCGUGGGUUGAUGAGUUUGUGCAUCAUCCGGCGCAUGGGUGGGGCACGAAGAUUGAAUACGCCGGGUGGCACGACGUGCCUGUGGACUACAUCAUUUGCUCGCGAGACCAGAUCAUUCCCAUGCCGAUGCAGGAGACGGUCGCGGCCGGUGCGGAGGCAAAGAUUUAUCGACUCGAUGCAGGGCAUAUGGCGCAGUUGUCUCGUACCAAGGAGCUUGCGAACCUGAUCGUGGAGGCCAUUUGCAGAAUGACAUACCCAGAGACGCCAACCUACAACGAAUCAGUCUCGUCAUACUACUCCGGCCAGGAACGCGACAUCCGGCCGGGAUGCAUCUUCCAACCCAGGAAUGCCCAGGAGGUCUCUCAGUUCAUCAAGCUCAUCACUAGGAAAGACACCACAUGUUCCCACGCGCCCCCUCAAUUCGCCAUCCGAAGCGGGGGGCACAUGAUCUGGCCCGGCUCGGCCAACAUCGACCAAGGCAUCACCGUCGACCUGCGCAAGCUCAACUCCCUCAUCUUGAACGGGGACAAAACUGUAGCGUCACUGGGUGUCGGCGGUAUUUGGAGCGACAUCUACCCACGACUCGCCCCUCACAACCUGACGGUCAUGGGCGGGAGAGUAAGUGGCAUCGGCGUCGGAGGUCUUGCUACAGGUGGCGGUAUUCAUUACCUCGCACGCCGUCACGGCUGGGUCUGCGACAACAUCCACACCUACCAAGUCGUCCUCGCCAGCGGCGCCAUCGUCGAAGCCACAGCAUCCUCCUACGCGGACCUCUGGCUCGCGCUGAAAGGCGGCUCCAACAACUUCGGCAUCGUCACCCGCAUCGAUGUCCCAACCUUUCCGAUGGGCGAUAUAUGGGGAGGCACGGUGGCCUUCGAGUACGCGAAUGAGGUCCUGGAUGCGCAUGCACAGGCGUUCAGUGACUUCAUGAGUGCCGAGAACUUUGACGAUGCCGCUGAUAUGGGCAUGUCCUUGCUCUUCGACCAGGGCAACUACGCAGUCGGCGACGCGCUGUAUUAUGUCACGCCCGUCGAGAAUCCGCCUGUGUAUCAGCCGUUCACGGCGAUUCAACCGCAGAUUGCCAGCUCGUUGCGGAUUGGGAAUGCUAGUUCCAUGACAUUGGAGGCGACCGGCCUUCUUCCGCCGAAUGCCACGCGGGCCAUCGAUAUCGCCUACUCCUUCAAGAACGGCGAUUCCAGCGUUUACUCGAAGAUGUUCAGAACCUGGGAGGAAGGGACCAGGCUUUUGGCACACAUAGAGGGGCUCCAGCUCGUCCUUCUCAUCCAACCCCACCCAGUCGCUAACGGGACGAAUUCGCUGGGGCUGACGCCAGGGUCCAAAGACGAGGUGAUGUCGGUCUUGACGGUAGCUUAUACAAACCGGGAAGACGACGAAGUGGUUCAGGCAGGGAUGCAGGGUAUCAUUGACGCCCAUAAGGACAUGCUGCAACAGCGCGGACUUCUAAUCCCUUUCCAAUAUCUCAAUUACGCAGACAUCACGCAAGAUCCGAUUGGAAGUUACGGACCAGAGAUUAAAGCGAGGCUGCAGGCUGUCAGCAAGAAGUAUGAUCCUGAAGGCUUGUUCCAAAAGGGCGUACCAGGUGGGUUCAAGGUGUUUUAG